GCCCCGAGUUAUGACUGACUCGGCAGAUAAGGCUGCACUCAAAAAGAUAAUGGUUACGGUUGGGGCAGUUGGUCAUCACCGUUUAGUCGCGUAUAUGGAUGGUUCGUCCGACAGGAGCAUUAUUGAAAGCCCGGAACCUGAAGGAUUAAUUCAACAGUCCUCAGCAGUACGAUCCUACUCUACGAGGUCAUCAUCAAUCUUCCUGGCGAGAUCGAGCAUAUUUGGAUGAGGAGAUGGUCACUCUUGACCGUUCUUUACCUCGUUCAACGUUACCUCCCAUUUUUCGACACUGCGGGGUUGAUCAUUCACCACAACUUCGGAGCAAAUUUGAGCCCUCGUAUCUGCAGCUUCGAUUACAGCAUUAGCGGAUGGUCUUUUCUUAUUGGCAUGCUUUUGUCUGAAAUCAUUCUUACACUUCGUGUCUGGGCGGUCUGGAAGAGGAGUAUCACAGUGGCCAUGGGACUCAUCCUAUUCUUCCUCGCCUGUUGGGUGCCUGGUUUUGUUUGGUCAGCGAAAUUCUUGGGCGCUGUGAACUUCGCAACCUAUUCUAACGUUCCCGGAUGCCUAAUCAUUGGCGGGCGCCAGAUUCUAUAUUUGCGUUGGGUGUUGUUGAUGGUAUAUGACACUGGUAUAUUGGUGAUGAUCCUCAUUCCUGGAGUUGCCGCAUAUCGGAGGGGUAGAAGAUCAUCGGAGCUCGUUAAGACUGUAUAUCAAGACGGUGUGAUGUAUUACGCGUUCACAUUCCUAACCUCAGUGAUAAACGUGAUCGUCAAUAUCGCUCUUCCCCCCGAUCUCAUGUUUCUUCUAUCCUCAUUCGAGCGCGUGAUACAUUCCCUUCUAGCUAGCCGGGCAAUCCUCCAUAUUCGUGAAGUAGCCUUGCGACGCUCUCAAGAAGCACCACAAUGUUCCACCGACCAAACGAUUAUAUUCACAACGCAAACUGAUUACGAAGAUCUUCCUUCGAAUCCUUGCAGCUCGUCAAACAGAUCAAUUUCAGAUGCAUAA